GUUUGUGCGGCUGCCACUUCGAUUUCUAAGUGUUUGAGCUUUGAAAGAUGGUGAGAAUCAGUGUGCUUAACGAUGCUCUCAAGAGCAUGUACAAUGCGGAGAAGAGAGGCAAGAGGCAAGUCAUGAUCAGGCCUUCUUCUAAGGUCAUCAUCAAGUUCCUCAUCGUCAUGCAGAAACAUGGUUACAUUGGUGAGUUUGAGUACGUUGAUGAUCACAGGUCUGGUAAGAUCGUUGUUGAGCUCAAUGGAAGACUCAACAAAUGUGGUGUCAUAAGUCCCCGUUUUGAUGUCGGAGUUAAAGAGAUUGAAGGUUGGACCGCUCGUCUUCUUCCUUCAAGACAGUUUGGUUACAUUGUUCUAACAACCUCAGCCGGUAUCAUGGACCACGAAGAAGCCAGAAGGAAGAAUGUUGGUGGCAAGGUUCUUGGUUUCUUUUACUGAAGAGGCAACAACUUUAAGAGAAUCUUCUUUGUCCGGUCUAUACUUUUGCUUCUCCUUACGGUGAGAGAUGAGGAAUUCGAUUGAGCUCAAAGUUUAAGAGGGUAGUAGAUGUUUCUCUGUUCGUUUUCUUAGAUAAUUUUGUUUGUUUUGGGUUCUGCGCAAAAGUUGCUGAAGACUUCCGAAGUAGACAGUAAUUUUCAAUGAAAAAACUUGCUUUUCUAUGAGCUAAUUAUCUAUCUUGAGACAUUUUUUGUUCACGUCAUGAGAGUUGUGUCUUUUUGUUAUUUUAACCAUUAUCUUUCUGAGGUGUGUUGCUGUGUUUGAUAAAAGUUAAUCGCAAUUGACUUGCAUGCCACUCCAUACUCCAAACGUAUUACAUCAAAUUUCAAGUCCAUAGUAAAGC